AUGGGGAGUAAUUUAUUAACUUUGGAACAAAUCCAUAUUUAUUUACUUGAAAAUGGUGGUAAAGUUAAAAAUCGUGAUAUUGUUCGGUAUUUUAAAAGUUAUUUAACAGAUCCUGUAACUAAAGAUGAAAAUAGAUCACGGUUUAAGUCCUACAUUAACAAAUUAGCCGUUACGAAAGCAGAAGGCGAUGAAAAAGUUAUUCUUCUUAAUUUGAAAUACAGCAGUUACGAUACAUUACCAUCACCGGCAACACACAACUCGGUCUUCUAUUCACCCCAGCAUGAUCCUCGCAAUUCUGUUGGACUUCCGUUAUCUCCUGCAGGUGUAGGAGUGAUAGAUUCCUCGGUUUCAUCGCCUUCGACACCGUCGCGACAGCCUCCUCCAUAUCGAGCACCACCGCCACCUCCCAGUUCAGCAUCAACGAAUUCGUUGGAUACUAUGUCUUUGGGAUCAACGACGUCUUUAAACGAUCUUCAAAAAACUCCUCAGCCUCCUCCAAGGGAAAAAAGAAAGGAUUCGGAAAAUAGAAAUUUCCAGGAAGACGGGACACCACAAAAGACUGAUGUGGAUGAUCCUAACGUUGAGGAUAAAACCAUUAGCGUCAAAGAACGAACACAAAAAUUCAAUCGGUUGGCUUCGGUAGAUGAUGAGCUCAGUCCACGACCACCAAAAUCUGCUGAGAAGAAGAGUAGGGUACGUAACAUAGUUAAUAUCGUUCUUUAUCUUAAUAUCGUAUUUUGUAGUUAG